AUUACUCAUAAAAGAUUGUUAUGAAUUUACAUAUACGCAUCAUUCCUCCGUUACUACUUCCCGUAGAAUUGUAGAGUAGAUUGCGGACUUAGAGGACUCAAGAAUCCAACCAAAUUUUCUUGGCGCUCAUCAAUGGAGGUCGUCACUGCAACUCCAACUUUACGCUCUUUGUCCUUCAUUAAAUCCUCAAUCAAUGGCGAUUUCUCUCAAAAAGUUUCCACAAAACAUCGUCAUUCAUGGCCGUCAAUUUCAUCUGUUCAUCUCUGUAGCUUCAAUUUACGUCUCAAAGGUCGAUUCUCCCAACGAUUAGUCUCUUACAAUUCCCUUCAGAACUCUGCUGAUGACGCCUCAUCUCAUCGAAUUGCUGUUCUUCUUGAAGUUGAUGGGGUCCUCAUUGACGCUUAUCGAUCAGGGAACCGUCAGGCCUUCAAUGUAGCUUUUCAAAAGCUCGGACUGGACUGUGCAAAAUGGACAGAGCCUAUAUAUUCAGACCUUUCAAGGAAGGGUGUUGGCGAUGAAGAAAAAAUGCUGGCUUUAUAUUUUAAUCGGAUUGGUUGGCCUACAUCUCUGCCGACCAGUGAUAAGGAUACCUUUAUGAAAAGUGUUUUACAGGAAAAGAAGAAGGCGUUGGCUGAAUUUAUGAGUUCAAAGAACACACCUUUACGACCUGGGGUUGAAAAAUUUAUUGAUGAUGCAUGUGACGAAGGAAUAUGCGUUGUUAUUUUGACAGCAUCCAGUAAGUUUGGGGAAGAGACAGCAAGAGCAAUUGUUGAGAAGCUUGGCCCAGGAAGGAUGUUGAAGGUAAAAGUUAUUGGGAAAAAAGAGAUAGAGGAGAGUUUGUAUGGGCAAUUUAUACUUGGUUUGGGAAAGUUCUCGGGUCUGGAUGAGGAACUUGCUAAUGAAGCAAGUAAAGCAGUUGCUGCAGAGAAAAAAAGGAUUGUUGAGGAGGUAGCAUCCAUGCUGAAGCUGCGCGUUGAUAUCAACACUGGCACACCCGAAAGUUUGCGUGAGGUUGCGGCUGCACUUCGAGCAGGUGCUGAAAAUGCAGAAGCACCCGUCUGCAAUUGUGUGCUUGUUGCUGGAAGUCAACCUUUAAUUGCUGCUGCUGAGUCUACAGGCAUGCCAUGCAUUGUUCUCAGAAACAGCUUGACAUACAGAGCAGAGUUCCCAUCAGCAGUUGCUGUCAUGGAUGGUUUCGGAGAUGCAGACCUAACAGUGCCUAAACUACGAUUGACCCUUUCAAGAUUGUCCCAAUGAUGACACUUCUCAUUGCAAUCUGUUGCAUCUUGCUGCUGGCUUGAUUAUCUUUACCAAAUGUUACAUGUCAGCACAUCUUCAACAUCUUUGCCUUCCUAGUUUGAUUAGCAGGAAUAGUAAAGGUUGUUUAUAAAUGAAUAUGGAGUAAUAAUUAUCGUGACCAUUGAUGCAGCCAUGUAGGUGGUGUUAUUAUGUUAUUUGAUUAUUGCAUUUUGAACUCAACUUUUGUGGUAGUAGUAGAAAGAACUAGAUCUACGAGUGCUAGAUGGAUUUUUGAGCAGUUUUGUUCACAAUGAGGGAAAAGCAAUCCAAUUCACAUGA